UCAGUCCUUUGUAAGGUCUCUUAAAAAGCGUUGUUCAAGUUGUUAAGUCCUUCUGAAGUCGGUUGCCGGUAGUGAAUUUUAAUCAGUUGGAUAAUUUCCAUUGCCAAAUACACCAAUAUAUAAAAAAAUGCUAGGAUUGUGUAAAAAUACCGAGGGUGUAUUUAAAUUUGAAUACCGAAGACAGUUGCUGGCAUCAGCGUGUAUUACCAUAAUCACAUUUUGCCAUGGCUUUGGCUUGGGCUGGUUUUCAGUGAUAUUAGCUAAGUUGGAAUCGCCUACUGAAACAGAGCUAGAUUUUGUCAUUACUGUGAAUGAAGGAUCAUGGAUAGGUGGACUAAGUUCACUUGGUGGUGCGUGCGGCAAUAUCGUUUAUGGCAUUUUAGCAGAUUUCAUAGGGCGAAAAGCAAGCAAUUAUGUGCUAGCCAUACCAUACAUAGUUUCUUGGAUACUCAUUUAUUUUGCGAGCUCCGUGGAAUACUUAUAUGUGAGUCGCUUUCUUGCUGGUGUAACGGGUGGCGGCACUUAUGUCAUUAUACCGAUCUUCAUUGGUGAAAUAGCAGAACCCAAAAUACGCGGUCGUUUAACAUCGUUCUUCUCUCUAACCCUGUACAGUGGAAUAUUUAUUGGUUACAUAAUAACGUCGCGUGUGCCAUAUCAUUAUAUACCCAUACCGGGUGUAGCUAUACCCAUCAUUUACAUGGUGUUUCAACUGUUUUUCCCAGAAACCCCAAUGUACUUGCUGCAACGUGGUUCGUACGCACGCGCUAAGGAAUCUCUCAAAUUCUACCGCAAUUUCCAACCGACCACAAAAGAGAACUCUCAACAAUUUGAAAUUGUAUUCAAUGACUUGAAGAAUGCCGUAACAAGUAAUAAGAAUAAUAUGAACACUGUCACAUGGCGUGAUUUUUGUAAUCGAGAGGCUGUCAUUGCCUUUGGCAACGGUUUCGUGCUGAUGCUGCUCAACGUUUUCUGCGGCGCCUACGGUAUACUCUAUUACACGUCCAGUGUUUUCGUACAAGCCCGCACCGAAAUGCAUCCGGACACUAAUACCAUCAUAGUAGGCUUGGUACAGGUUACUGGUGUAUAUACGGCGACAUUUUUGGUCGAUAGAUUUGGUCGCAGGCCAUUAAUGAUGUUUUCAUGCGCAGCUACAAGUAUAGGCAUGGCGACAUUUGGAUUGUACGGUUAUCUGCUGCAAAACACUACUGUUGAUGUAUCAGCAGUCCGUUCAUGGCUGCCGCUAGUGAAUGCUUGUUUCAUUAUGUUUGUGGCCAAUUCGGGUCUCAUACCAAUACCAUUUGUCUUACUGGUAGAACUAAUGCCAGCAAAGAUACGAGCAAAGGCGGCAGCCAUUUGUUUGGUAAUAUUUAACAUAAUUGGAUUUGUUUUGAUGAAAAUGUUUCCAAUAUCUUUGGCUGCAUUCGGCCUAUCUGCGCCAAUGUGGCUAUUUGCCGUCACGUGCGUUCUUGGGCUAAUUUACAUAUCACUCUUCAUUAAAGAGACUAAGGGAAUGUCACUUAAUAAAGUGGAACCGGAAGCUUGAUGUUUAUAUAAGUACAAAAAGGGUGUAAACUCAUCUGGACUCAUCGUACUUUAAUUAUAUUAUGAGUGAUGAAACUUAGUAUUAAGAUAGUAAUAAUUUUCCAAAGAAAGAAGUUCGAUUUUCAACUGAAAGAUCUGCAGUUUUAUGUUGAGUCUAAAAGAACAAUUAAGUUCGCUAUACUUCUCGAGUAUGAAGCACGGGUAAAGAUGGAAUAGUAUACGGCUACAACAAAAAUAGUAAACUACUGAAACAAAAACAACAUAGAAUAGAAACUUGUUAUUAAAAGUCUCUGCUUAUCAACGAAAAUCCACUUUAACAAAGAGUGUCUUAAAAACGUUUUGCAUUUUGGAUAUGGUACACCACAAUUAGGUGGAGUAAUUCGGUUAAUGGUGGAAUUACCCAGUCAUUUCUUAGGGCAGUUCGUCAUUAAGUGCAUUUUCAAAUUGGUAUCACUGCUGUAUACCUGCGAAACGUGGUUCAUAGCGGCUUCAACAACAAAAAGGCUCCAAACUUUGAUAAACCAAUGUUUAAGAGCUACAUAUAUGCGCAUAUGGUGACUAGAUAGCUGGAUAUCUAAUAACGAGCUUCUUGUUCGAAGAAAACAAAGUCCGGUUGAGAUUGAAAUACGCGAACGAAAGUGGAAAGGGAUAGGCCAUACAGUCCGUAAACCUGCGACUGACAUCAGCAGAACGUCCCUAGAUUGGAAUCCGCAAGGCUGUCGCCGAAGAGGACGGCCGAAAGGAAGGAAGCCUGCAUGACGUAUUCACGACAUCUGACGACUUGUCUAUUGGCCGCAGAUAAAGCCAAUGCAAAACGACCCCAAUAGAAUUUAUUUGUAUCGACACUUCACGCCCCCAGCCGGCGCGAUAGCAAAUAAUAAUAAUAAUACAAAUAAUAAUGGUAAUAGAACAAUCAAAUUUAUAAAUCGCCUUGCCCUCAUAAUUUGCAAAUGCAGUGACGCCAAAGGCCAUUUGCAUUUAAUUGUGAAUUCCUCCAGUAAAAUUUAAAAUAAUUAAAGAACUUUGGAUUUUUUAAGCAAAUAAACAAAUAAUUAUUUUAGGUUGACUCGCUUUUCAUUCAAUAUUAUUUCAUUUACAAUAUGGCGCAAAAUGAAUCACCCUAGCGGAAGACUACAAUUUCCGCAAAUGGCGUCGUAUGUAUGCCAACCUUAUUUGACAUUUGUGUAUUAAACAGCUGCGAUAUACAAACCGUCAACCUAUGGUGCGCGUG